AUGGAGGGACCGAGUCCCCCCCCCGGCGGUGACCCGCUCAACGUCUCCAGCAGUGAGACUCGGACCAACGUGACCUCCGGGGCGCAGGAGCCGGACUCCGGUCCGGGCAUCCAGGUGGUCCUGGCCCUGACUCUGGCCCUCAUCACCCUGGCCACCACCCUGUCCAACGCCUUCGUCAUCGCCACCAUCUACCAGUCCCGGAAGCUGCGCACGCCGGCCAACUUCCUGAUCGGCUCCCUGGCGCUCACGGACCUGCUGGUGUCGGUUCUGGUGAUGCCGAUCAGCGCGCUCUACACCGUGUGCCAGACCUGGACCCUGGGCCAGGUGCUCUGCGACAUCUGGCUCAGCUCGGACAUCACGUGCUGCACCGCCUCCAUCCUCCACCUGUGCGUCAUCGCGCUGGACCGGUACUGGGCCAUCACGGACGCGGUGGAGUACUCCAAGAAGCGCACGCCGGCGCGCGCGGCGGGGAUGGUGGCCACGGCCUGGGUGAUCGCCAUCUCCAUCUCCCUGCCGCCCUUUUUCUGGCGCCAGGUGAAGGCGGAGGAGGUGACGAGCUGCAACGUGAACACGGACCACAUCUUCUACACCAUCUACUCCACCUUCGGAGCCUUCUACAUCCCCACGCUGCUGCUGCUCGCGCUCUACGGAAGGAUCUACAUGGAGGCGCGCAAGCGCAUCCUGAAGCAGGCGCGGAACAAGUCCGGGAAGAGACUCACCUCCGCGCGCCUCAUCACCGACUCCCCCGGCUCCGUGGCCUCCACCACCUCCCUCAACUACGGCACCAACGACGCGUCCUCGUGCGGUGACGCCACCUCCUCCUCCGCGUGCCCCAACGCCGGCCACGUGAAGGUGACGGUGUCGGAUGCGCUGCUGGAGAAGAAGCGCAUCUCCGCGGCGCGCGAGAGGAGGGCCACGAGGACUCUGGGCAUCAUCCUGGGGGCCUACAUCGUGUGCUGGCUGCCCUUCUUCAUCUACACGCUGCUGGUGCCCGUGUGCGCCUCGUGCUUCCAUCCGGGGCUCUUCGACAUGUUCACGUGGCUCGGCUACCUGAACUCCCUGAUCAACCCCAUCAUCUACACCAUGAGCAACGAGGACUUCAAGAAGGCCUUCCACAAACUGCUGCUCAGGGCCAGGUGCAGCGGGCCCUGA